CUGCUGUUUCUCAUUUCGCGACUACCACCACCGAGCAGCAGCACUAUGUGCACCGACGUCUCCAAGGCCACGCUCAUCGUGCUCAACAUCGCGUUCGUCAUCGCCGGCGCGCUGCUCAUCUGGGUCGGCGCGUCGACGGACGAGGGCUGGUCGAAAAUCUUCGAGGCGGCGUCCAACGGCUCGUCGGCGGCGGCGUUCUACCUCAUCCUCGCCUUUGGCGUGCUCGUGCUCCUCAUCGCGUUCAUGGGCCUCAUGGGCGCGCUCAAGCGCCAGAAAUGCCUCCUCUACACGUACAGCUUUUUCGUGUUUAUCGCGAUCGUGGUUUCCAUCAUCAUUAUGAUCACGGGCUUUGCCGGCGCGUCGACUGCCAGCAAGUGGAGCGACGCCAAGUUCCCGGCCGAGGACGCCGAAGAGUCGGUCGCGAAGGCCUUUGACUUGGCGUACUGCGGCGUCAUGCUGGAGCACUACUGCUCGGAUGGCAGCCUCGGCGACGCCAUUGCCCUCUUCUCGCCGUCGGCGUCAUCGUCGCUCACGCCCAUCAUCAAGGCGCUCAAACUCGACGCAAACGACCAGGUGGGCUUCUCGGGUCUCUGUAAGAGCCUCAACUCGACGGCGGUGGGCGCGUUCGUCGUGCCCAACGUCGAGACGUUUAAGACGAUCUGCGAGGAGUGCAAGAAGACCGAGGACAUUGACUUUAGCGAACUCUACAAAUGAGGCCAGGAGAACUGCCCGCCCACGUCGGUGACGGCGCCGUGGUGCGUCAACUACUUGGGAAGCAAUAAGUACGACAACGCGACCGACAUCGUAUACCCCAAGUGCCGCCCCGCCGCCCUCGACCUCUUCGAGUCGUUCGCCACCAAGCUCGCAAUCGGUGGGCUCAUCUUUGCGAUUGCGGCGCUCAUUGUGUUCAUCAUGGCCUGCGUCGUCGCGCGCUCGGGCGGCAAGGGCGGCUCCAUGGCCU